CACGCAGAAACAUCGAAGAGAAGAAGCGAAGAGAAGAAGCAAAAGCGCGAGGUUCGUCUCCUCCCGCAGCGAAUCGAUCUUCUUCAACAACCGAGAGAGGGAGAGAGAGAAAUGGCGUGGAGAGGGCAACUGACGAAUAACUUGAGGGAACUGAGGUUCCUCUUCUGCCAGUCCUCCCCCGCCAGCUCCUCCGCGAGGUCGUUCGUGGAGAAUAAUUACAAGGAGCUGAAGACGCUGAACCCCAAGCUCCCCAUCCUGAUCCGCGAAUGCCGUGGGACCGAGCCCCAAUUGUGGGUCCGAUACGACUUUGGCGUGGAGAAGGGCAUACGUUUGGAAGGUUUGAGCGAGGAGCAGAUAUUCAAGGCGCUUAAAGAAUUUGCAAAACUGUAGCCUGAUAAUUUUGGUUGCGCUAUCCUGAAUGAAAUAAAUCAUUUUCUGUGGGACCAUCCUGUUAACUGUUUGUCCUUUCUGGGAUGAUUGCCGGGUGUUGGAACUUUUCUGUUAUUUAUCUGUUUGCAGAAUCAAUCUGAACAUCUGCUGUGAGUUCAACAGAUAUGGAUUAUGGCUAAUUGAAAAUGGUCUUUUGGGGUCUUAA